AUGGAUAACUUCCAGACGGUCCUACGUUUCUUCAUGAACCAGAAAUCCACCAUUGGCUACAGUUUCAUGGCUCUCCUGACUAUAGGCGGGGAGCGAGUUUUUUCUGUGAUCUCCUUCCAGUGCCCCUGCAACCACGACCAGAAUUUUGCCUACGGGCUGACGUUCCUGCUGGGCCCCGCUGCUGUGCUGCUUGUCUUUGGCUUGUUCUUCAGCAGUAAGUUGUGGAGGCUCUACACUGGCUGCUGCCUCAAUCCAGUGAAGCUAUGUCCCCGUGGGAACUGCCUCUCCUGCCUCAGGGUGUUCAUGAGCAUCUUUUCCAAGGCGUGUGUGGCUCCCAUAAUGUGGCUCUGUGUGGCCCUACUCAACGGGACCUUUUAUGAGUGUGCUGUCAGUGGUCUCGAUGAUAACCUAGUGGUGGAUCUGUUCUGUAAAAACAAGACAGUUAAGUGCCAGCAGGAGUUGGCCCGGGUGCCCUGUGACAGGUCCAAACUUUCCAAUGAUGAGCGUAUGGAGCUCCUGCUGAUGCUCAGAGCCCAGUCACAGAUCCUGGGCUGGUGGAUCAUCAUCAUUGCUGCUACUGUUGGCCUCCUGGGUACCUGCUGUACAAACUGCCGCUCCAAAGUCAGCUUCCUGCAGCACACAUUCUGGAAAAACUAUAUGGAGAAAGAAAAGGAGUGCUUUGACACCUUUGCAGUGGAAUAUGCCACCAAACUGGCUGAGAGAAAUCUCCGGAGCUUCUUUGAGAAGAAGGACCCUGAACCAUUCCCUUUCCCCAACCACAGGGCAUGGGAGGAGAUCUCUGCAGUCUACACAUUCUCAAGAAGUGAGCAGUGUUACAGCACCCUGCAGCAGUAUGUAGAGAAGACAGACAGGGACUUGACAUGGGAGAAGAGACCUGUCGGGGACUCAGAGGUUGGAAUAGAGAUGAGCUAGAGGAGGAGGACCUGAUUUAUCUGCCAUGUCAUUAUUGAAUAAAACACAGACAUUCAAAGAAUAGACAGAGU